GAAAUUGUAAAAGCGUGACGCAGAAUUGUGAAUACAUACACUACUGUGUUCAUUUUUUUGUCGUUUUCUCAAAAGCUGCGCUCACUUGGGUCCGACGAAUCCGUCGCACAAAUUCACCGGCGACGAGCGAUAAUCCGAGAAUCGCGGCGCCGAAAAGGUACAAGUCCAGUGAAACGAAGAUGGCUGAAGGAGUAGGCGCACUCACAUUCCCGAUGUCGAGAGAAUCGGAGUCCGCUUCUCGACUCAAAACCAUAGUCUCCGAUAUGCUUCCUCGCUUCUCCGACGAUUACAUCGACGACGUCUUCUCUGAGUAUGUUACAGUGCUUGUUUGUAAUGGAAAGAGUCAGAGUCAGGCAAGAGAAGAUUUGGACGCAUUUCUUGGAGAAGAAUCUUGGGGAUUUGUUGCCUGCUUAUGGGAUCUUCUUCUGAAGUAUUUCUCUCUAGGCAAACAAGAAAAUUCUGCUUCUGAACCUAGGACUGGUGUUGACUUUGGCUCUCAUGAUACUCCAGUCGAACAAGAUUUAAGCUACAUAAAGAAUGAUGACUGUGAUCAGAAAGCUUCCGAUGCUACUGAUUCGAUGAAAGAACAGCUGAUAUCAGUUACUGCUCCCAUAGAAGACGCUGAGGCUCCUGUAUCACCAAAACUUAAAAACAUGAAGAUGGUAGGACAAGAGUUCAUGGAUAUCCCUUGUAGAAGGGCACAACCAAAAGAGAAAGACGAUUGGAAGUCAUCUGGUUACUCUAGAAAAGUACUACGCUCUGUCAUUGUUGCCAUGAAACAACCUUGUGGUAGGAGUUCUGCUAAAGAUGAAAAGUCCAUGGAUAAUAGGAGUAAACGGAAGCGCCCAUACUUGCCAGAAAGAGAAAUGGAUUCUCAAUCUGUUCUUUCAGGAAGAGCUGUGUCUGCAAGAUCCCUUAAUGCAUCUUCGCACCAAGAAACAAUGCCUCGUGUUAGUGUUUGGGAUCGUUUGGGCCGAGCAAGGUCCAAACGUGUUCUUGACGCAGAAAGCCCUAGAUUGUCUAAGUUUGGUAUCCAAGCACAGGAAAACUUUUUGCUUCAGCAGCAUGGACCACCAUUUCCUGCAGCGUAUGGCGAGACAUUUCAAAGAGAAAUUCCUGCAGUUGGUUACAGGCACAGAAUUUUCCAAUCCGAUAAAGGUCAGAAACCCAAGAGUGGAUCUAUCACAUCCCCUGAACCUCAUACCGUGUAUAACCUCAGUAGAAAGAGGCGUUAUGGCAUCACCAACGCCAAUUCAGGAGCGUUUACUAGUGUUCUCCAAAAUAAACAAGCUGAACAGGAUGUUGAAAAGCCAAGCCUGCUUUCCUCUCAGUCUCCAAAGUCAGAUCUUUUUUCAGAAAUAAAGAACGUGAAAGAAAAGCUGCAACAACUAGAACUCCGAGUUAAUCAAUCCAAGCAAUUGAAGAAACAGAAAGUUGAAGAACUCAAACGCUCACCACAAUCUGGUAAAUUCCCCUGUGCAGGCGAAUCGCAAUAUCAGCACGAUGUUACAGAAUCAAGAAUCAUUCGAGUUACUAAUGUUUACUAUGCAGCAAAGAAGGAAGCUAUAUCAAUGUUAUUUAGCAGCAAGUGUGGAGCUGUCGAAAACGUUACAAUUGUAACUGAUCCAGUAACUCAGCAUCCAAAGGGUACUGCUUUUGUGACUUUUGCUACAAAGGAGUCAGUUAACAGAGCAAUGGCUCUGAGCGGGACAAUGUUCUACUCGAGACCCAUCAAGAUAGCUUCUGGAGUAGUUUCAGCACCACAGCUAGUUACUGGAAGUUAAACCCCAAAGGAACAGUUUGGUAAUACAAAAGGAGAGCGUAAAAACCACCAUUGUACAGUUCUCUACAAUAGAACGAGAGAAUGUCACAAUCAGUUCCACUCUGGUUGGAUUUUAGCACACUAUGAUCGAAUUUUAACUCAUCUGGGACAAAAACAGUGUGUUGGAUGAUGACAGUGUGAGUAAAGUUAGCAACAAACACAAGUGACGAAAUGCUACUAAACAAACACUUAUUGGGACACAGAGUUCCCACAUUUGAUAUUUUCUUAAUUAACACAAAUAAGGAAAAAAAAAAAAAAAAAAAA